ACCUUUCGUACAUUUGUGUUUCUUACUUAAUCUCUUCUUCUCUUAGCAUUGGUGCCCUAGAAAAUCAACUUUCCCAGAAACUUCAGUGCUUCUUGCCUUCGAUAGUGUGUCUUCUUCCUUCCGGUGUGCCGUGCGUCUUCCAGGACUACGGUUGCCUUUUCGUUCCACCGAUUCGGUAUCCGUAGUCUUUGCUCAAGGAUCCAACACCAGAGGUACGUUGGAAUGGUGUGGAAAUUGAAAUAGGGGAUGGGCAAAGAGAGCAGCGCAACACGUCAAGAACGACGUCAGCACCCGCAACAAAGGUUAGAGGUUGAUCUUAAUUAUCAAAUGAAGUACAUACCCGAGCCACCUUCGUAUGAAGGAGGUACUUACUCGACUCCACCAUCACCAUCAGUUAUGGAUGAGCACAGUCCUAGGCCUACUAAAUUUGUGCCAUCUAUUCCAUCAUGUGAGACAUCGACAUCACGAGGCUCAAAACGAAAAGCACCAAUGGUUGAUUUGAUGGACUCCCAAUUUCAGAAGCUCAUUACAAAACUAGACGAGGUCAUGGAUGUUAUGAGAUCAGCUAACUCUCAUCUUGAAAAACUAUCAUCCAUAAUGGAACAAAAAGUGAUUGCCAUGAAGAAGCAAAAUUAUAUUAUGCGUCGCACGACAACUUUCCAAUACUUAGAAAGUGACAUAUGGGAGAUGCUAGCUGGCAUGAACAUACAAGAAGAAACUAUUAUGGAACAAUAUUAUGAUUUUCUCUGCAGAAAUCCUGUCUAUACCAAACGGCUAAUGGGUUUGCCUCCAAAUCGUCGUUUGAGUAAGCUGAUUAAGAUGACGAUGGGGAGUGUUUGACCCUUUUGUUUGUAAUCCAUUACUAUAUUUGCUUUAUUCGUGUAUGAAACACUUUUAUCGUGUACUAUGUUGAUGACUUUAAUUACACCAUAUUUGCAUCGUCUUUUUCA